GAUCGAAAAAAAAACAACACCAUUAUGACUGAAAACUUGGAAAAUAAACAAGAGAAGGAACAACACAUCAAAACUGGGAAGCUCAAAACUGUUAAGAAGCCCUAUGAUAGAGAAAACCUAAAAAAGGCUUAUGAGGCUACACUCUCUGGCAUGUCAGUGUACAAAGCCUCCAAAAUCUUCAAUGUACCAGAAUCCACCCUUAGAGAUAGAACCAGAAACAAGGUUUCUGUAGAUUGUUCCCGUGGAGCAGCGCGACUUUUUACUGAGGAAGAGGAGAAGUCAUUGGUUGACUAUCUUGUUUAUAUGUCAACAAUUGGUUAUUGCUACUGUAUAACUGAAAUACAGGAUAUUGCUGCCAUUUAUGCACGAUCAAUAGGAAAAUCUGUCAGGGCAAAGGCAGGACUAAGUCAAGGAUGGGUUUACUCAUUCAUCAAAAGAUGGGAUGUACUGGACUUUGUGAAUGUACAGAAACGAGCCAAGUGUGCAUCUGAAGAAACUUUAAGGAGCUAUUUCAGUGAGCUUCAGAAUGUUUUAAUUGAAAAUGAUUUGAUGAAUUCACCAGAGAGAAUUUAUUAUAUUGGUGAAUGUGAAAUUUCAGCAGAAUAUAAACCUUGUGAAAUUGCAUAUGCUGAAGUUACCAAAAGUAAAUCUGUUAAUUCUAAAAAGUCAAAGACAGUGACUGUAAUAGGUUCAGCAAAUGCAAAUGGAAAUCACAUUCCACCAUUCUACAUUUUCCCAGGGAAGCGAUGGUUUGGAAAUCUUUUAGAUGGUGCUGCUCCAGAUGCAGAUGGGGAUAUGUCUGAGAGUGGUUUUGUUCGGGGUUUGUUUGAAGACUACAUAACAGGUCAUUUUGCAAAGCAUACUACACUUUGUAAUGAGUCAGAGAGGCCUAAAAUUCUAGUACUGUAUGAUGGACACAAGUUACAUUUAUCACUGACCCUAUCUAAUUGGGCCAAGGAACACAACAUUAUACUCUUUGUCCUACCACACCAUUGUUCUCACCUGGAUCAACCCCUACAGGAGAUCUUUGGUUCUAUGAAGACUUACUAUUUCAAGGAAUGUAAGACAUAUGUGCACAAAAAUCCUGGUGUUGAUGUAACAAGGUAUGAUGUGGCUAGAUUAACAUCAAAACCAUAUGCAAAGGCAUUUACGCAUAAUAAUAUAUGUAGUGCAUUUGAAAAAGAGGGCAUAUACCCAUUCAGUGCUGAUGUUGCUCAGUGUGGAAAUGUCGCAUCAGAAAUAGAUAGUAGUGACACUGAACAGACUGAAACAGUAUCUACAUAACCAGUUAAAUGCCUGACAAAUUUCCAAAUUUCUAGCAGUUGAAAAUAUCAUUAGUGAACGAAAACAGACAAUAGAAAUUCACACUUCCUAAAAGUCUAGGGUAAUCUGUUUCAAGACAAACAUAUGGUAGUUUAAUUACUAAAUAUCUAUGUGAAGAAUGCUGUCCAAUUGGAGAAAGAAAUCUUAGUUGAUAUUAACAAAUUAAAAUGCAGUAGAAUGGUAACUGAUAGAAACGUAUAUAUGUUGUUUUGUGGUAAAAUUUGAUUUUAAUAAAUAUGUAUUUUUUUAAGUGACAU